GUAAACAGAUAACUGCGUUAAAAAAGAAUGCAAUGUGCGGCGAUAUAGUUUUUUCGAACGUAUUCACAAAGCAAUUGAUUUUUUUUCGUGAACAAGAAAAAUUGUGAUUUUUAAUCGGUUUAUUUUGUAAAUAGAAACUAUAAUGUCAGAGUCACCCAGCCCAGAGACAGAGACAGAAGACAUUAUAGAGCAGGAAGAAACAUCAGAAAAGGAAGAGACACUAACAGAUAAUGAACAAAUUUCAGAAGAAGAUUUAACUGAUAAUGAAGAAAUGACUUCAGAAAAGGGAGAUGAGUCAGAAAAUGAAGAGGAAGAAGAUGCAACAGAGAAUAAUAUGAAGUCAGAGAAGACCAUGUCAGAGAAUAUGUUAGAGAGGGAUGAAAUUACGAUAGAGAAGGAAGACAUGAUGAGUAUGUUCGCCAGUGUGUGGGUCAAGGUGGAAGUGGAGGAGGCAAGAGAGGAAGAGUUGCAGAUAGAUGAAGGUCCAGAGAGACCGAAACGUAAGCACCGUUCAAAGAAGCACCUAAAAAACCUCGUCUGCGACCAAUGCGACUACCGGACAGCCUACAAAAAUUGCCUGGAACUACAUAUACUCAGCCAUAAGCAGGGCAAAGGCUUCGCCUGCCACGUCUGCGAUUACAAGUCUAAAUACCCAACCGCACUACAGCGGCAUAUCGCCAUCCGACACUAUGAGAUGAAUGGAGACACCCCCAUGGACAAUGGUAAGCCUCUACCUCUACACCAGUGCCCGGACUGCGACUACAAAACCUUCUACAAGUGGAAUCUGAACAGCCACAAGCGAAAACAUAAGCUCAUCAAACAGUUUAAAUGCCCGUCCCCCGACUGCAACUUUGAAACCGCUUACCGACAUAACUAUAUCAAGCAUAGCAAGGUCCAUAAGGAAUCUGUCGCUUUUAAAUGUGAUAAAUGCCCUUUUACAACCCGAUUUGAAGGGCAUAUCACUAGACAUUUAGCGAAAAUUCAUAACGAAGUCACGGAAAAGGCCAAUAAGUGCGAUCUGUGCGAUUUCUCUACUAAAACUAGAUGGAGACUGAAAAUACAUGUGAAUAGAAUGAAAAAGGAGCAAGCGUUGAAAUGUAGCUUCUGCGAAUUUGAAACUUUUUUUACAUGCGCGUAUAAAAAGCAUAAAGUAGACCAUUAUAAUGAAAUUUAUAUUAAUCCUAAACGCACCAAAAACACUUUAAGUGCAGAACAACAACAUAUUAAAGAUAUACAAGAUAAAAUGCAGGAGACACCAGAAAUUGACUUAACGUUCCAUAAUUAUACUGAAAAAAAUAUGCAAUACAUACCGAGUGAACCGGAGAAUCAUAAUAAGUAUAACUUAGAUCCGAAUUGCGUGGACUGGAACAACAUUCAAGUAUUAGAAACCGAUGAUAAAGAAAGGCCGUUUCAGUGUCAUAUGUGUGCAUACACUUCGAAAUUUAAAGCCUCAGUGCAGAGACAUUUCCAAAGACAUCACACUGGAAGUCACAACAGACCGUACAAAUGUGUGAACUGCGAUUUUUCAACUAAAACUAAGGACCAAAUCGCUUUACACAAUAAAAGAAGCCUAUCCGACAUUAGACUUUUCUGUAACAUUUGUAAAUUUCAAACUUCAUACAAAUGUCAGUUCGUUAUGCACCAAAAGUGUCAUUACGCAUACAAAUGUACCGCUUGCAAUUACUCUUGCAAACACAAGUACGAGUUGCAAAGGCAUUAUGGUAUAAUGCAUCUCGGGAAUGGUAUCAAAUGUAGAUUUUGCGAAUACAAAGCGUCUAGAAAGGAUAGCGUACUUUGUCAUGAAACUAUUCACACCGGGAUGAAGCCGUUUAAAUGUGAGUAUUGUGACUAUACGUCCAUAAGGAAAUCUCUGUUAGACAACCAUGUGAAGCGCUACCAUAGUGAUAUAAAGAAGGAUAUAACUAUAGUAAGCGAAAGUAAGAUAGAGAGUUUGAAGAUACCGCUGGUCCUACGGGAGCCCAUAGAUUUCUGUAAGGAAAAUCAGGACCAUAAUGAACCAAAAGAAUAAAGGUAAUUUUUUUAAUCUAACUGUCUGACCACGCUAACUCUGCACGGAUUUCGUUAAGACGAUGUGUGGAGUGUCAUAAACCUCGAAUUCAUAAACCAUACAACUGUUAUAGUUUCUCAUGGCAAAAACGGUGCAGAAUUAGCUUAGACGGACUUUACACUUGGAUGAACAGUUAUAUUUAACCUUUUGACCGCCACGAAAAUUUCUAUAAUAUAAAAUUAUAUAAUGGUAAACGGCUAUGGCCGACUUGGCGGUCAAUUUAAAGGGAGGCUAUUCUCAAAAAAAUAUGUUUUGAUUACUUCUAAUUGCCACGACUCUUUACAUACACUCUACAUGGAGUCAUGACAAUUAUAUCACCGACAUAUUUUGUGAGAAGAGCCGUCAAUUACCGCCAUUUGAUGUUAAUAAUGCGCCAUACUUUAUUUAUAAUAUUUUUUAUAAUUAAUAAAUUACAAAUGUAUAAAUUAAUGCAGAUUGUGCUGGCACAAUAAAAAAAAUCCAUAAUUGACUUUUGAGAUUCAAAGCGCCAUACUAGUACCUACGCUCUGUAUCAUACAUUUUAAAUAUUUGAGGAAUUUCAUUUUAAAUCGUCUAAAAAUUCUAAGUCUAAUUAGGUUUUAAAUAAAUCGCAAAAACUUACCCAUCCUAGGCGGAAAAUCUAGGUUAUGGUGUUUACUAUCAUGGCAAUAUUGAUGACAUUUUUUUUAGUCCAGAGAUGCAUGGAUUUUGUUAAGUUGUUAAAUGGUGGUUAAGUAAUUUUUUUUAUUAUCCUUAUUGUUGUAGGAUGUUAUAAUAUAAACAGCAAAUCUCAGAAAAUAGGUCUCCACUCCUAAUUACCGCCACCUCUUCAUACAAUUUUUGUAUGUAGCCGUGGCGAUUAGGCCGCAGACAUUUUUAAAGAACCGUAUGUGAGAUACAAAUGUAUUAAACGUAGUAUGUACCUAAAUAGUAAUUAUUGAUCGUGAAAUAGAUAUAUUUUUACAUUUAGGUAGUUUAGUUGUUACGCAUAGAUUGCAUAAUUUACAAUAGAUCAGGUAUGUUUUGGAAGCUGAGUUGAUGUAUUUUUAUUUUAUUGUUGAAUAAGAUUUUUACCUCAGUGUAGAUUUUAAGCAGGCUUCUUACAACCAAAUAUGCAGGCCAUAUUAAACAUAUGGUUAAACCCUUUUACCCUUUUUUUUAUUAUUAUGCAAUAAAUUAUGGAUUACCGCCAAUGACGUCUAUUGACGUCGAUACAAAUUUAAUAGUACUUUCCUGUUGCACACAUAUUUAUUCUUGCUCGGUUCCGUAUCUACUUCCAGCUUCGAUUUUAGCAAUAUGAGACGUGAUAGGACCAUGGCUCGGAAACCGUUUUAUUUUUCAAACCGGUUUCGUUCACUCACCCGGGAACGAAAAGGAUUUCGUUUCUGUUUGCGGUUACCGGUUAAAGAAUUGUUCUAUGAAGAUACUGAUUUAUGCCUAAUUCGUUCGCCUUUUUUUGUUUUUGUGGAACGAAAUUAAUCGGUUAAAUUGAAAAUAUCGAAGCAAGAUAGAACGAGUAAGUGUUGCUAUCUCUUUCACGUAUGGCAACGAGUUUAACCGAGAGUCUCCGAAAGCCAAGAGUAACCGGUAUUAUAUCGUUCCCUGCGACCCAUAAAGUUCCGUUCCCUCUUCUUACCGGUAAGGAAGACGAAGAAGAACGUAAUUUUUUAGUUCGAGUUCCACCAAUUAACCGGUUUUUUAAUGAACGAAAUAAUAUAACGGUUUUGGAACGAUAUUAACAGGUAUUUCAAUACCGGUUCCGAGCCUUGGAUAGGACGUCUUUGGCGACAAAAGGGCGUAACCAUCUAAUUUAAGCUAAAUAUUUUUGUAUUUUCUGUUUAUAAAAGGAUGGCUCUUAUGUGUUAGAUACAGUAUAGUAAAAUACCGAAAUUAUGUGAUAAUCCAACAAGGUUCCAUUUUGCUCCAAGAUCUGGUAUCUUGGGAAAUGGGUGGUCUGGUACGGAACCCAUAUAUCGUCGCUAUACUUACUC